AGGUAAUUAUAUUGGUCCUCAGGUUUAUUUCUUUAUUUGAAUUACAUAAAAGCCAUAUUAUGGGAAUGAACAUUUGGGAUCAUUUUUGUGCAUUAUAAAAUUUUUGUCAGUUGAAAUUAUUAUUUUUUUUAUUCAAAUUAACGUGUCUCGACAACUAGGCCAUUGACACAUGGUACAAUGUAUCAUUCCUCUAAGCAUUACUUGUAAUAAUGCUCGUAAUAAUUUUUAUAAUAUAUUUACAAGUAUUCUUGAAUACGUUUACAUAUAUCAGAUAUCAAUACCAUUUGAUAUUUAUAUUUCUCCAACGAUAUUCGCAUUUUGAUUUUCCCAAAACAUACUUGUACAAUGUGUGGUCGUAUGUACAAACUCAAAUCAUCUCUUUGGAGGCACAUGAAUUAUGAGUGUUUCCAAGAAGGGAAGUUUCAAUGCCCAAAAUGUGACUACAAGGCCAAACAGAAAUCAUCUUUGGAAUCGCAUCUGUCAACUGCUAACUCGAAUUCAGAUAAUUACAAGUGCGUUGCUUGCAAUCGCAGUUAUUGUUUCAAGUGGAACUUGACUCAUCAUAUAAAACACGAAUGUGAGCAUAUUUGUAAUUUGUGUGGUGGAAAGUACAAAAAUAGAGCAUCACUUUCUCUGCAUCUCAAUUAUGAGUGUUCCAAAAAGAGAAAAUUACAAUCUUCAAAAUGUGAUUAUAAGACGAAAACAAAAAUUAAUUUGCAGCAGCCUCUAUCCCAUAAUCAAUCGGAUUCAGUGAUUCACAAAUGCCAUGCUUGCAAUCGUAUUUUUUGCUUCAAGAGGAACCUACGUCAUCAUAUAAAAAAUGAGUGUGGGCAUACUUGCAAAUUGUGUGGACGAGGGUACAAACAUAGAGCAUCUCUUUUGAGGCAUCUUAAAUAUGAAUGUUUCCAGGAGGGGAAAUUUCAUUGCCCAAAGUGUGACUAUAAGGCGAAACGAAAACAUUCUUUGGACUCGCAUCUGUCAACUGCUAACUUGUAUUCAGAUUGUUCCGAUAAUUAUCAAUGUUCUGCUUGCAACCGCACUUAUUGCUUCAAGUGGAACUUAACUCAUCAUUUGAAUUACGAAUGUGGAAAAUAUUUGAAAAUGUGACUCGAAAACAUGUAGAUUAGUCUUAAGUGAAAUUAAUUUAAUCAAUUAAUGUGUGACCCCCUCUUUGUGAAGACUAUUCAUUCUAGUCCUGAAUAUACUAUUGAAAAAUA